GGGUUUGGGUUUGUAACAUACCUAAUCAAAACGAAUUAAUGCUGAAUUAAAAAGCAUUAUUAAUAAUCCGUGUGAUAUUACUUCUGAAGAUUGUAAAAUUUGUAGUGAAGAAAUUAUCGGUGAAGAAUGUCCACCACCAGUUGUUGCUCUUUUUGUGCCCUGUACAAAAAUUAAAGGUAACAGAUGUUCUUUUAAUGCCCAUUGUCUAAAUCAAAAACAAAAUGCUUAUGAUAGUUGUUUGGAUAAACAAAAAACAAAUAAUGCUGAAAAGAAUAAAUUAAUCGAAGUUGAACAAGACGCACAGAGAUAUUUAACAGAGAAUUGUGAUAUUUCUAAAAGGAAAUCUAAUAAUGUUAGAACGGAUUUAUAA